UCCACCUUUUAAAAACAUCGAAACGGCACCAUUUUGGAGCUCCUCCGCAUGAAAACUUCCUCUUGUCUUGAUCAUCCCCUCCCUCCCUCUCUCUCUCUCCCUCCCUCUCUCUCUCAGUUUUACACCGUUCUCGCAACCCACACAAACUCGAAAAAAAUGAACUCAGGCGCUUCGGAGGUAGCUCACGAUUUCCGUCCCCUCUUUAGAGUCUACAGGGACGGACGCGUGGAGAGAUACAAGCUGUUCGAUCGCAUCCAACCCGUCCCGGCAGGGCUCGAUCCAUCGACAGGGGUCGAGUCCAAGGACGUCGUGGUCUCGCCCAAGACCGGCGUGUCAGCCCGCAUCUUCGUCCCGAAGAUCGAUGGCCUGGACAGGAAACUGCCUCUCCUCGUCCACUACCACGGCGGCGGGUUCUGCGCGGGGUCGCCGUUCGAUACGAUCGUGAACGAUAUUCUCUCCACGAUGGUGACUCGGGCCCAUGUCGUCGCUAUUUCCGUCGGUUACAGGUUGGCCCCAGAAUACCCACUGCCCAUUGCUUACGAGGACUCGUUCGAAGCCCUAAAGUGGAUCGCAGGUCACUCCGACGGAUCCGGCCCAGAACCAUGGCUGAACCGGUAUGCGGAUCUCGGGCAGGUCUUCAUACAGGGGGAGAGUGCCGGAGCCAACAUAAGCCAAUACGUGGCGGUCCAAGCAGGUGCGGCCGGAUUGACGGGGGUCAGGAUCAAGGGCGUGUUGAUAGUCCACCCAUUCUUUGGCGGCACAGAGAUGGACGAGAUGUACAAGUUCAUGUGCCCGACGAGCUCCAGGCUCGACGACGACCCAAGGCUGAACCCAGCGGUCGACCCGGACCUGCCAAAGAUGGCGUGCGAGAAGGUGCUGGUGUGCGUGGCGGAGAAGGAUUCGCUGAGGAAUACGGGAGUGAAGUACUAUGAGACGCUGUGCGGAAGCGAGUGGGAGGGGAAAGUGGAGCUUGAGGAGGCCAAGGAUGAGGGACAUUGCUUUCAUGCAUUUAGCAAGAACGAGAGGGCUGAGCAACUAAUCAAGAAGAUGGUUGAUUUCAUCACCAAGGAUUAAGAGGAAAAUAGCCUUUUAAGUAUCGGUGACUGACUUUCCACAUGAAUAAUUGAAGCCUGUUUUUAUGCGUUUUUUUUUAUUUAAAAAAAAAACAUUUCUUCUUGUCAAGUCUGCUUAAUAAUGGAAAUAUCAAAAUACAUGUUAAUAUAAUUUGAGAGAGGUGAUUUUCAUA